UAGAGUGGGCUUGGUGGCAUGUCAGUGAUGGGCCAUCCUAACUGACUUCACUUCGUCACUACGCAGUUCUUGGUGCUGUCCUGGAUUCUGAAGCUAACAGCGUGCUUUGAACAGCCUGCCUGGAUUCCACUGGCUGCCGACGAGGACGCAACGCAUCGCCAUGGCGAGCUGCGCCGGACCUACCUCUACGGAACAUCGGAGUGCACAUCACAGAUUACGCCACUUCUGUCGCUGCGGUGUCAUCGGCUGACGCCCUGGCUUCCUGGCACACUAUCUUCGAAUGACAGCGCCAUCUUCCCUCGGAUUCCCGAUAUAAAGCCUAGACAAACCAUCGCCACGCUCAGUGGGCUUGGCGGCAUGUCAGUGAUGGGCCAUCCUAACCGACUUCACUUCGCUACGCAGGAUUGAAGCGACGUCGGUAUUCCAAGAUCGCCUCCCAUUUGUUUGGCUAUACCCCCGCUCGGAAACAUCACGUGCACGGUUCAACCUUGUUACCUUUGUGUUCUCAUCAAUUUCAAAGUGGCCGCCGGAUUUGUCUUCUAGCGUCCACUCAUUUUGCGCAGAGAUUGGCGGUGGGCCGGUGUCUUCAUGUUUUGAGUCCUGGCCGCUUCACAAGGUCGGCGCCCCUAUUCCAGGGCACCGCUGAGUCUUGCUGCCUCGCAGGCGUGCUGCACAAUUGCCCGUUGGGCUGCGAGCUCGCUCCUGAUUCCUUGUGGGAGCCCGGUCCGGCCCGCGAGGAAAGAGUGGAUCGAUGCAUCGAUCCUGCAGGCUACGCGCGGGAUUCCCUCGCCCUCGCUCCUGGCGCCGAUGAAACGUCCCCCGCGGCGCGAGUGGCCCCGGGCGCUCGAUGCGUCGUCUACGCUGCCCACACCGGCCGCGCACCCGACGAAGACCCAGGCGAAUCGGAGGCGACAGAAGAGCACGGCUGCCAAGCGAUGCAAGUGGACAGCAGGUCGGAGGAAGGCGACCGCUCCCCGGAGGAGGACUCGUCGUACGCUCCCGGAGACAGCCCUCUGCACGGCUCUGACCAGGGACCGGAGCCUCCCUGCGACGCGGCUCGGGCAGCCGGGGAGGACGAGGAGAGGCCACCGUUCCACUGCGACGGCUGCGGCCUGGCUCUCGACAGCGUGCACAGCUUGCUGCUCCACAGAAACGUCGACUGCAACCGCGGGGCAGCCCCGGGCGCAGGCACGCCCUCGUCGUGGCGCUCUUCGUCCGGCAGCCCCGAGGACGAGCUGACGUCGGCGUCACUGUCGCCCCCUCCCUCGCUGCUGGCCGGCGGCCCGGCGUCGGCCUCCUGCUCCGACUCCGAGCUGUCCUUCACCAUCGGCGUCACAGAGGCGACGCCCUACGCCUGCCACUUCUGCGACAAGGCCUUCCCCAGGCUCAGCUACCUCAAGCGACACGAACAGGUGCACAGCGACCGGAUGCCGUUUCGGUGCGACUUCUGCCAGCGGCUGUUCAAGCACAAACGCAGUCGCGACCGGCACGUGAAGCUGCACACGGGAGACCGCAAGUACCGGUGCUCGCAGUGCGAGGCGGCCUUCUCGCGCUCCGAUCACCUCAAGAUCCACAUGAAGACUCACGACCACGCCAAGCCCUUUCAGUGCGCCAUGUGCAACCGCGGCUACAACACCGCGGCGGCCCUCACCUCGCACAUGCAGAAUCACCGCAAGAGCGCCGCCGCCGUCAACGGCCUCGAGCCGUCGGCCGCGCUCUCCCGGCCCGGCUCGAGUCUGGCGUCGGCUAACGGAGCGGCGACGCUCGCUGCAGCAGGCAACCCCGCUGACAAUGGAUCGACGUCCAUGUCGCGGGACGACAGCUCCUCCUGCUCAACUGACAAACUGAGCCUAACCGGUGGCAGCCCUGGUCCGGGCAGCGUUGAAGUCCAAGCAAACGGAUGCAAAUCGAUGUCCGAGCGGGCCGGCAGCACGAGUCCCCGCGACGGAGGGGAGCCGCUGGCGUGCGGCUUUUGCAGCCGGCGCGACUUCAGCAGCCUGGAGGCGCUGCAGGCGCACGUGCGCGCCUCCCACGUUCCCUUCUCGGCGGCCUCGCUGGUGGGGCCGUCGCACCAACUGCGGCCGGAGCCCAGCGGCCGCUCGGUGUCCCGCCAGUCGCCGCCGGCCGCCACCACGGCCUCGUCUGUGGUGGACGCGUCGUACGAGUGCGAGUACUGCGGCAUGAAGCUACCCAGCGUCCACGCCCUGCAGACUCACACGCUGGCUGCUCACAGCUUCAGCGAGGUGCUGAGCAAGCGCAUGUCGGCCAUGAUGGGGGCCGACUCCGGCGGCGGACCUUUGCUCUGCAGCCAGUGCGGCGCCGCGUCGCCAGACUUCGAGUCGUUCCGGGCGCACCUGGCGUCGCACCUGGAAGGACGCAUGUCACGCUGCUGCCCCGAGUGCCGCGCCGAGUUCCCGUCCUCGCAGCAACUCGAGGCGCACGUUGCCGCGCACUUCCUGGCCACGUCGGUCGAGUACGGCUGCCAGGCGUGCCUAAAGCUCUUCGCGCGGCCUGACGAGCUACAGAAGCACCUGCUUGACGUUCAUGCCCACCACCUUUACCGCUGUGCGCUCUGCCGGGACGUGUUCGACUCCAAAGUUGGAGUCCAGGUUCACUUCGCCGUCAAGCACAGCAACGAGUGCCAAGUAUUCAAGUGUAGCGCUUGCAACGCCGCCUACCGGUCUGAGCCAGAAUUCGCUCUUCACGUUCAAGUCACGCACUUAGCUAAGGCUGCGCCCUACCGGUGCCUGUUGUGUGACCAGACAUUUGCUAGCGAGCCCCUGCUCCAAAGCCACCUGGACACGCACGGCAAACAAUUCGCGUGUGCCCUGUGCAGUCAAGCCUUUCACGUAGAAUUCCUGCUCGAGAAGCACAUGCAGGCUUGUCACGCGGCCGACCUCACCUUGCACCCGGACGGUGUGCAGAACCUGAGCGUCAAGUCGAGGAUCAAGGACAUUAAGUGCGAAAUCUGCGACCAGGCGUUUGGAGCGGACGCCCUGCUGGCGGCGCACCGCAAGCAAGUGCACAACGUACGCUCUUCGUCGCAGAAGUCGGUGAGCCUGCUGUGCGCGUAUUGCAACGAACCAUGCAAGUCCCGCUCGGACCUGGAGAACCACAUGAAGAGUCACACGGCAAGCCCCAGUAAGCACAAGUGCAACAUCUGCGAUGAGAUGUGCCCCUCGGCCACCACGCUCGCCGAGCACAAGCUGACGCACUGCAAGGUCGUCAAGGGCUCCACGUGUGCCGGCUGCCGCGAGGUCCUUCGCUCCGAGGACCAGUUCUUGACGCACGUCAACUCUCACGGUGGUGGUCCCGCCUUGCCGCUACCCUGCGUGGUGUGCCGCCAGACGCUCAUGUCUCAGGUGGAACUGCGCAUGCACGCGCGCUUUCACGUGGCGCACUGCGACAAGGGCUCGCUGUGCUGCGUCUGCGAGCGACCCCUGGACGCGGCCAGCCGCAUCAUCACCGGCCGCCAGCAGGAGCGCCAGUCGUUCAUGUGCAAGGACUGCUUCCACGCCAAGGGCGUCCAGGACCAGGGCCGCUGCCCCGAGUGCCGCAUCAAGUUCGAGUCGCCACUCGAGCUCGAACAGCACGUGCGCAGCAGCCACGGCGGCUGAGUAGUCCCUGUGCACCGUGCGCGGCGACGGCAGUGCACCUCGCAAACAAUCAAACGCGCCCGCGGUCUUUCUGUUAACUUAUUUCUCUUCCGUGGCGCGCCUCCCGUGUUUUCCCAGCCCUGACUCGAGGCAAAUCGCAACACGUCUAUACAGAAGUUAUACCUCCUAAUAUAUCUCAUCAUCUUGUCAAAAAAGAAAAAAAAGGGAGCGUGUGUGGUCUUCAGGCUGUUCUUACCCGAGUGCUUCUCCGGUGAAGAAUUUCACCCAACCGUGUAAAUACAAGUAAUUCAUAUUCAUCGCCACGUUUUUGUUCUAUGUAUUGACAUCAUAAAGCAGGGUAUGAAACUGCAUACAUUUUAAGCUGCGGUUGUUUUAUGCCUUGGUAUAAUACUCUUCUUGAAGCACCUUUGUAACAGUGAAUACACCACAGCCAAAUAUGAAUAGUUUUACUCUUCCCAGUGUUCAAUCAUCAGUGUUUGUGUUUUCAGAAGCAUCCUUAUGUUUCUUUACACAACUAUAUGAUAUCAAUUAGUUUUUUUACGUUUUGCCUGUGUGGUUUACAAGGUUCACGAGGCAAAUAAAGUUCGUAUUUUUAAGGGAAAA